GAAAUGCACUGGUGACAUUACUGAGUUAUCUUUAUCAAUGAAGAAGUGGAACACCUGACGUCUUCUCUCUACGCACGCACGCCCUCUGCUUAUGGGCAGGCAAAAUCAAAGCGUUAAAAAAGAGGGGGAAAAAACAGCUCAACGCGUAGUUUCACGGACAUCCACAGAGCUGGAGAGCUUUGAGAGGGAAAUGGAGCGACUAGGUCACUACUGAGGCUGUGAGAGCUUCAUGCUGUCACAUUUGCCUGUGCGCAAUGGCACCGAGCGCUCCCCUGCUCCUCUUACUGCGCUGGACGCGAUGACCGGAUAACUUUUCUCUUUGCAAAGGAUGAUGCUUUUCCUGGAUUUGGCAUCUGAUGUAUUCUAAACUGGGACACAGUAACAGGUAUGUACAAUUUUUUUAAUAAGAAGAGGAAACAUAACAACUCCCUGUGGAGAUGUAGUUUUACUGUGCUUUUGUCCAGUUUUUACGCGUGAAUUUAAUUCCUUUCUGCUGCUUUAUUUACGAAAUUACUCAUUUUUCAUAGGCUCGGGGCAGGUUAUGAUAUGAGUUAAUUGUUGCGGCUCACCUUUAAGAGUUAAUGGACUAUAAUAUGACCCCAAUUUAUCUCGAGACGUGAUUGUGAAGCGCGAUAAGGUGCGCUAUCACAGGGUUUGAUUGAAUGUUAUGAUCAAGGUUUGACUCACUUAAGAUUCCUUUGCAGCUAUAACAAAAAAAAGUUGCUUUUGGUGUACUUUCCAACGACAAAGCCGAUCAACAUACAGCGAAUUUACCAUCAAUCUGCAGAUAACCGAGCUGUCAUUGGCAGUUGCAUAAAGUAACAUCUCUGCCCUUCAUUAAAGAGCAUGCAGUAUGUAUUGCUUUAUAUCAGAGUGUGCGCAUGCAUUUAUGUGCCUAAUAAUGUCUCUCUCACAAACACUUGUUCUAGUUCCUACACGCUCACGCUGAGGUGUUGUUUAUUAGGGAGGGGAGGCUCACAGAACAAGAUGGAAAUCCCUCUCAAUUAGCACUUGAUCUACAAGUGAAAGCAGAUUAUGCACUGGAGCACUUUGCAGCCUUGUAUCACAUAACCAGUGCCCUAGGAUGAGUAACUCAUGUGAGUAUAGGAAUCUGUGUGUGCAUAGAUGUGUGUGUGUUUUUUUUUUUAAUUUGUCGUCUUUGUGUCCAAUCUCUCACACAUUACUUUGGACAAACUCAAACCUGCAUUCUCAUCAGGAGAUUUCAAGGUGAUUGGUGUUAGUACCCGGUGUUGCUUUGCUUCUUCAGAUUCUCUUGAGGAGGAUCAUGUGAUGCUGGAGCCAUCAAGGAGGAACUGAAGAGGAAUUAUAGAGGGAGCAGAUCUUUAAAAGGCUCCUGGGUUUAAGCCAGGUCUAAAAAUGCCUCUUAGACUCUUUUUUUCCUAUUUUCCUAUUUCUGUCACAGAAAGAAGCGGGUGAAGAGAGGUGGUGUGUGUGUAUGUGUGUGUGUGUAUGUGUGUGUGUGUGUGUGUGUGUGUGUGUGUGUGUGUGGGGGGGGGGGGGGGGUUGCUUAUAACAUCUCUGCACAGGUGUGAGCAUCAUCACUGUUAUCUGGACUGGAGCCAGAGCGGGAGGAUCGGGAAUAAUGAGAGGAAGGAUGGAGGCUAUAGAUGUGGGUCUGGGACUACAGCCAACCGGACCUCUCAGCACAGACUUAUUACUCCUCCCUCAUGAUCUAACCUCACUGACUGCUCAGCGGCACAUUGCCAGCCCCUCAUUAAACUUAGCAUCUCUCUUUUUUUCUUGAUUCUGCUUCUGUUCGUUAUGUCUUAGAAGUCAGUUAGAGAAAGGGCAGGAAGAAAUCUGAAAGGGAGACUGGAGCAAUCAUAAAUGCAUUACUGAGCAGAUGAAGUUUGCAUUUGUGAGCAUGAAUUUCUGCUGAGUCUUUACUGAGUUGAAUGUUGAGCCAGAGAGCUGCACCUCAAGGAGGCAUCAAUAUGUGCUUACAUUCCUCACUCAGCAGGGAAAAGAAAGCACUUGUGCACAGCAAGUCCUGCACAAUAAACAUAAGCGAUGUACAGCAAAGAAUAAUGCUGGAGUGCAUUUCUAAUCAGGUGAAGUUUCCCAGCAGGCCUGAAAUUAUCCUACCAUCAUUCUCUGAUUGUUAAUAUAUAUUAAGUCAUCUGAGAAAGAGGAUGUGGCAAAUGUAAUAUCUGUGUUUGCAUGUGAAUCACAAAUAAAAGGAGUAAUCAUUAUGGAUGGUUAAUAACAAAACUGUAUUUUUUUCUAGGACUGACAAACAUCCCACCCCCCAUGUCAGUGGGACGCCUCCAUGGCGAUGUUUAGCAGCACAGAGCAGCUCUGGAACGAAUCAGACCACCUCGGAUGGGAAGACAGGAACGAGAGUUUGGAGACUUCCGGGCAGGAUGAGCGUAACUACUACGCCAUGCUGUACUCGCUGCUCAUCCUGGCCAUCGUGUUUGGAAAUGUGCUGGUGUGUCUGGCGGUGCUGAGGGAGCGCUCUCUCCAAACAACCACAAACUACCUGGUGGUCAGCCUGGCUGUGGCUGACCUGCUGGUGGCCUCGCUGGUAAUGCCCUGGGCUGUGUACCUGGAGGUCAGUGCCAAACCUUGUUUCUGUAGAACACAUUUUAUUCCUGUUCUUUUUAUUUCAUACUGGAUGUUUAGUAAUGCCACAUACACUUCUAUGAAGGAUCAGUCAUACUCUUUUUUUAAAAUCAGGUCAAGGUUGCCUUAGCCGAGGUUUGCAUGCUGCAUGACUGUGAUCUACAAAUGUCCCUUGAUUCUUUGCACAUCCGAUGGUUGACUCUUAACAGCCAGUACAGUGUUACAGUGUUACAGUAGCCUUUAAUGAAGUUGAGGCAACUUCAUUAAAGGUUGCUGAGGCAACAGGGGCUGCUGGAACAAGUGUAAGUGUUGACACUAAGAAGAUAUUAGACCAUGAAGACCAGAUCUUCCAAAGACUGGACCCUCUAAAGCAGUGGUUCUCAAGUUCAGUCCUCAAGGCCCACUGUCCUGCAUGUUUUAGAUGUUUCCCUGCUCCAACACACCUGAUUCAAAUGAUCAGCUCGUUAUUAAGCCAUUACAGAGCUUGAUAACGAGCUGAUCAUUUGAAUCAGGUGUGUUGGAGCAGGGAAACAUCCAAAACAUGCAGGACAGUGGGCCUCGAGGACUGGACUUGAGAACCACUGAGCUAAAGAAUCCCACCCCUGAUGUGUUUAUCAGCUUUCUACUUCUAGGAGCAGACAGGAAAACAUUGUUCACUUGUUGUAAGUCUCAGCUGGGAUUUUCUAUCAGAAGACACUAAUUCAGCAGGUAGAGGACAAGAUAAACAAAGACUGUCGUGUCCACAGGGGGCGCCAGAAUUGCUCCAAACUAAAAGUUCAUCAUCUGAACUAUUUCUUCUUUAUCUAGCUUAUUCAACAUUUUUUUAUGUUUGUGAGAACUCUGGAUGGUUAUUUCUGAUCUACUAGAAACUUUAUGAGUAAAUGCGGAACUGACAGAGUUAAAAAGGAGAAAAGCCAAGACAUUUUGAGGAAGACAAAGAAGGUGGCUACAGUCAAAGAGAAAGAUGGGGGUCAUUUGGAGCUUAUGAGAUAGUGACAACUGUGUGAGAGAUAGGAGAUAAUAAUGAUGAUUAAAGGUAUUUUAGAUAGUGAUUCACUAUUCAUGUAGAUUAUACAUAAUUGCUGAAGAGCAUGUUGAAUAUAAAUGAAAAUUAAUGACUUAAUAUGCUUUGGGUAAUAGGCUGUGCUUCAAACUCUCAAGCAGAAUUUACAAACUUGUGAUUAAAUUUUUAUCUCACCUUGAUUGCUAAUUGCUCAUUUCCUCAGUCUCCACCUUUGGGUCACUUGCUGUUCUUAUAUUAAUGGUGUGAGCACACAUGACCCCAAACUUCACGUCCUGUUUGAGUAAGUUCGUGGGAAAUAGCAUCCUUGAAGCUGGCGGAUAUGAGCAGUAUAACUCAAGGACGGAUGUUUGUAAACAUGUUAAGUGGUUAAAGUUCAGUUAUGUUCAACCAGAAGCUACCCUGCUGCCCAAAGUUUGCUUACACAGAGCACAUUUUUCUCACAGCGUGAAGAGGAUUCAACUUCAGGUCGAGCAGAAUAAAAAAUGAUCACACUCAGUGAGCAGGAGCAGACAAAUCGAAGAUGAUUAUCUCCUAUGAUGGUAAAUUAAAGUAGCGGGAAACCACAACGGGAUUCAAUCCUGAGUUUAAUUUCCAUGCGACCAGUCACGCCGUAAAAGCAUGUGCUAGUUUUUUAAUUUAAGAAUUCAAGAGAGACCUCCCAUGAGCAGAGGGUCAUUAAGAGUCAGUAAUGACACCAAAUAAUUAUGUCCAUUAAUUUAGCAGGAAUGUGAAGGUCAGCCAUAUCAAAACUUUUUUCCAUCCCAAGACUGGCACCGUGAGCACCAGAACCCUGAGAACUUUAAUCUGGAGGACUGCGGAUUAGCUUGGUGUGACUACAGGGUGCUGGUUCAUGUCUGCAUGCUUGUCAUGGCAGGGGAAGUGGAAAAGUACAUCUCUCCCCUACCUGCGUAUACUAAUCAUGUGCCCUUGAGCAAGCUCACCCCUGGAUGGUGCAGGAGAUAUAUGACAAGGGUGGCACUGAGUGAACCUGAAUUUAUCCCUCACUGGCGUGGUCCUGUCUCGACAAAUCCACACUCAGACUACAGAAACAAGGCCAGUGUCCAUAUAUAUCCACACACCAGACAUUAUUCUCAGGUAUAAGUUUAAGCCUAUCAUUACGUCUCUGAGACAGAUGCUUUUUGUAGGGCAUGUUCCCCAUGAGGACGACCAGCUAAAAAGUAAAUGCAUCAAAUCCAGUGACCUAUUUGAAAAAAUUAACAUAAAGGAUGUAAAGUCACUGAAAAGAAAGAUCAGUUUGAACAAGUCAGCUGCCCGUUUAGAGCCUGUUUCCUUUUCCCCUCAUUGUUGUUCUUUAAAAUGAAAGAAAAAAAUAAUGGAACAAUCUUCUCUACACAGAUACUCCAUCUUCUCCAGAGUCAUAGCAAUUCUGCUCCUGCUGCUUGUUUUUAAUGAGACAUUUGGUGCGCUUCACUGCUGUGAAUGUAUAGGUACCAUUGCUUAAAUUCUGUCAAUUCAAGGUGUUUGCAGAGCUCUACUGAGUCAGCAUUGUAUUCCCACAUGGUGUACAUAAUGUUCAUCACAAACCUACAUGUGUUCUCAGUCUUUUUGUGUGUGGGCUGCAACUGAGUACAAACAAAGACAACUAUGUACGUUCUGUACAUUUAGUAUAUUUAUUAGUGUGAUUUCUGUACUUAGGAGCACUAAAUGUCCUUCCAACAAUUAUGAAGAUGAUUGCUACAUGCCAUUGUGAGAGCAUGUUCUCGUCCCUCUGGAUUCAGUCUUGUGCUGAAAUUAAAAGGAUUUAAGCUUUAAUGAAGCACCGAGCUUUUGUAAAGUUGAAGGAUUUACAAGAGAGAUUAAAAAGUAAAUUGAUGCUGCAGACGCAGAGAUAUCUUUGUGUUAUUUCUGCCUCUGUGUCCCAGUUUCUGUACUAAAAAUGUAUUAAAUUCACCAUAUAGUUUUCUCAGGGCGUAUCCUGACUGCAGUUAAAAUGUGAAGCCUUGUUUUAAUCCGAGAUCCUUCUGCCUGCACUUCAUUUAUUUGCAGCCGUGAGCAGUUCUUGUUUCGCUCCUAUUUACAUAAUAAAUCCAAGAUUAGCUUACGCAUCACAAGCACAUAGAUUAAGCAUGUAAAAGUAAACAUACUGAUUUGCACUGUGUGUCUUCUGUUGCAUUUAAUUAAUUUGUCAGUUGUCUUAUUUGAAUACAGUCGGUUCUUCCCCAGUUCAGUGAGAAUAGAGUCUUAUUUGAUGCACAGGAGUCAAGCUGCUAAAACACAGAUUCCCUGACCAGGUGACCCCAGUUCAGUUCAGUAUCAGUAAAGUAGUCAGAUCUGAAUGUAAAGUGAGGAAAUCGUGGGCCUGGUCUGAGUGGUGGCUGAUGUUUUGGUUUUUAGGUUAAAAUUCUGAGUUUGCCUGAGAAAACAAGUGCGUAAAUUGAAGUGACUUAAAAUUAAUGUCUUAAAACGUGUGUGUGUGUGUGUGUGUAUGUGUGUAUGUGUGUACAUAUUCCCAUGUGCCCCUCUGUGCAGGUAGACGUCUUUUUCCAUUCUGAUAUUAAGAGAUUCAGCAGUCAGGUGAAGGAGCAUGGGUCCCAUUAAUCUUUGUUAGACAGUUAUUACCAGUCAUUACAGAGCCAAAGUGAAAGCCCGUCGGUCUGUGCAGGACUCUGCUGCUGAGGGGUCUGGGGGUGGAAGGACUUGUUUGGGGUAUUAUUGGGUCAGAAAGAAAGAAGGGUAACAUCUUUUACUGGAAGUGCAGACUCUCUCGAGGAUGAUUAAAUCCUUUGUUUUGCACAGUCUCUUGAUUCUUCAUCCUUGUUACAAGUAUCAUCCCAGACUAGUCACACUUUAUCACACUGCAGCUGAGGACAGGAGCUGUAAAAUGUUACUUGCGUAUUCAUGGAAACUCGAUUAAUUGAUCCUACGCCCUAUAGCAUUACAUUUAUGUAUCACUGACCAUGCAUUGCAGGAUGGGAAGUUCAAAUGCUGUCACAGUGUAGUAUUUGUUUUGUUGGUUUGGUUUGGUUAAGGACUGACCGAUUUCCUGAAUUUGCACCUGUUACAACCUAAAGACAUGACAGCACCAUGUCACUAAAACAUCCUUUGUCAAACUAUGUCAGUAAAAACACUCUCUACCUCCUUCGCUGCUGUCACAUGUAUAUGUGUGGAGUCACAGGCGCUUGACACUACACCGUGAAGAAAUAGAAGACAAACGUGAGUCUUUAAUCCGCUCUGUCUGUCCUGUGCAGGUGGUCGGUGGAGCCUGGCUUUUCAGUCGCCUCUACUGUAACAUCUUCGUCACGCUAGAUGUGAUGAUGUGCACCGCCAGUAUCCUCAACCUGUGUGCUAUCAGCAUUGACAGGUGAGUAUGCCCUGUUUGUGUGUAGGAGUGUGUGCAUUCACAUGUAGUUGUGGACGCAGAUGUUGCACUGGCAUUUCCUGUAUUAUGUCGGGUUGCUGUGUCUCCAGGUGUUACUCUGUUCUCCGCCUCACUUCAUCGAUAUUUCAACACUUCCCAGGAGGAGGAUAUUUCUCAUCCUGUCUGUAACCUUGUUGUAUGUGUGUGUAAAUCUCUAUGUGACAGAAAAAAAGAGAUUUCAUAAGCAUUGUGUUUUUUAAUUUAAUUUUUGCAUUAUGACUACCAUAAGUUUUCAGCUAAUUGGCACCAUUUGUUUACAUUGACGCAGAACAGCUUGAAUUACAAAGGGGUUAAAACCAUUAUGGUGAAUAUACAUCCAGAAUUUGCAUUAUUUAUUUGCGUAGUUUUCUUAUGUUUUUUUGUGUCGCACUUAAUAUUUAAUAGCUCUCCUGAGUCUUUGAACUUACAACCCCCAGGCAACAGGAGUCCAACAAUAUGGAACGAAUAAAUGAAUGCAUGCAGACUGGAGAUGUCAUGAGGAUGAACCCAUACAGGGUGUGCACAAGAGUUUUUAUCAGUAAGACUUUCUGAUGGGUGCUUUUGUCAGAGAGUAGUUUGUCAUGCACAAAGCUGGAUUCAAAUAUUUAUCCUAUUUACUGAAUGUCUUUUGGGUUUAUUGACCCCUAAUUGUCAUGAUAUGUUCUCUUAUUUUAGUGUUUCCCUGUGAUUUGAGUGAAUUUUCCCUAGUGUCUCUGUUCCAUAUUGUUCCUGUUCCCCUGUAGUCUCGUCUAGUGAGUUUUCAGUUUGUGUUUGACCCCGGUUCCCUCAUGUUCCCAGUGUUUUAUUCCUUAUAUCAGUUUUCGGUGUUUCCUGUUUUAUUUUGUAGUAGUUUAUUCCCUGUGUUUCUAGUCUUGUUUUACUUCCUCAGUUUGCCCUCCUCUGUAAUUGUCUGCACCUGUGUCUCAUUGUCUCACCUGCCUCUCGUUGCUCAUUUCCCUGUGGUCAUAUAGUCCUUGUCUUCCACUGUUUCUUUGUUGAGUAUGUUGAUGCCUUUGUGUGUUCAUGCCAGUGUCUCCUUGUGUGGUUUUUCCUCUGUGCAUUUUCUUUGUUUUUGGAUUUUUGAGUUGGACAUUUUCAAAGUAAGUUUUUGUUGCUUCUUGUUUAGUUCUUGUUUUAAAUAAACCCUUAUUUGUUGUCCUGCAUUUGGGUCCUCUUUUCGUUUGUUUCAACCGGGAUCAUGACACGAAUAAUUCUUUAAAAGUGUCACCUGUAUAAAUUGUUGCAACAGUAUGUGAAAGGAGCUGCAGAAAGUUAUCGCCUAAAUCUGUCUUUCAACUUUACUUUGAACCUCUUCUUUUACAUGGUUACAUUCCUGAGAACAAUUUUAUCUCUCUGCAGCAUUUUCAUAUACACUGUUGUUUUUCUUGGAGCCCAAGGGUUGUCCAUAGGCCUGUCGCGAUAAUCAAUAAAUCGCCUUAUCGCUCGAUAAAUAAAAACGAGGUCGAUAACUUUGCCAGCCUCGAUAAUUGACGUGCGUUUGUUUUCCUCCUCUCUCGCUACCAAACACGCUGGAUGAGAGAAGAGGUCUCACUCUGCGCAUUGUUCUCGGCACCUGGGGGCGUUGGCUCUAUAGCGGAAUGAACGGAGUUAGUGAACCCUCCUGUCAGUCAUUCAGUGUCUUUGUCACGAGGGGGCUGGCGCGCACAGGCACACAGACACAGACGUUUUGGAUACAGUGCUGCAAGUGAGCGUCGUGAGUGAAAAGCAAGCUAACAGAAUGAACACGACAGCUUUGGUGUCUAAACCGAACACAACAGCCCAAGUGUGGGAAUAUUUCGGCUUUAAACUAGUUUUGUUUUCGUCAACCACAAAACUCCACGUGUGUGUGUGUGUGUGUGUGCGCGCGCGCGUGCGUGUUUGUGUGUUGGAGGAGCACAGCAGGCUGAUGAGAGCUGUCAGAGCGGACUGAAGCUGCUCCUAUAUGUUUAGCGUUUAACUGACUGAGUUUUGCAACUCUGUUCGUCAUUUUCGUCUCGUCCCAUCAACGUAAACGCACUUUCGUCUCGUCACAUUGUAGUCAUCUCCGACUUAUGUUUAGCUCGUCAACGUUACGUCUUCGUCGUGGGAGAAAAGGGAAAUAUUUUAGUCAAUGAAAACAACCAGUGUUGUUCUCGUGUGGAAAUUAAAGUUUAUCACUUUUGACAUGGUGUACUCGCAUUAUUAUGCCAUAUAAUAUCAUUAUCUAUAAUUUAAAAAAUGGUGUCAAUAAUAUCGUUUAUCGGCGAUAAUUUGUAGCACAAUUAUUGUCCAGCAAAAUUUGUUAUCGUGACAGGCCUAGUUGUCCAUGAUUUAUUAUUAGACAGGUCUGCUCUACUGCAUCAGUAUCACAUUGCCUGUGUGCUUUUUCUAAGCUGCAUCACCUUUAUGACAGCAUUGUGUUUUUCUAAGCUUAUCAGUGAUAUGUCACUGUGAUGUCAGGGAGGAUUUGUGGCUGGAAAGUUCUUCCUUAAAAGGAAGAGUUGUACCAUGUUACUCACAGGCCCAAUAAAUCUGCCACCGAACUUCAAGGUGAAGUGCAUUUGUAUGCAAAGUAUAGUAGGUCAUGUUUUGAGAAGAGCUCAGAACUGAAGGACAUGUUUGGUACUCAGCUCACAGUUUAACCUCAUCAAUAAGUCAUGUGCAUCUUUGUUUUUUUCCAACACCACUUCUUCUUUAAUCACACAGCAGCAUUGUAAUAGGCACUCUGGGCCUCGCCUCUGCGUUUCGCCUAGAGACGAUCCAGUGUAAUUAGUCUGAUGAGGAUAAACAAUCCUGGCAGUUUUCUGGCUCCAAACAACAUAACAUCACAUCCAUUUCGGGUCGGGGUCCAGAAUAAUUGCUGCUUCUUCUGAGCAAUUGCUGAACCUAGUUUUCCUGGACUCAUUACACACUCUUGGCAUAUAGUAUGAUGAUUAACUCUUAAAUAAAGCUCCACUUGGUUUACUACUGAAUGCCCAAAUUGUUUCUGAAUGAAAAAGCUUAGUUUGCUGCCCCACGUGUGUUUAUUAUGUAUCUCACUUUCUCCCAGCCGUGUAUUUUUCUUGGCAUCCCUGAGCUUUAUUCCUUUGAUAGAGGUUGUAUCUCUCCCUCUAAUUAUGUGUUUUAUUUCAGUUGUUUUAUUCAUUAGCGCUUUCGUCUUUGAAAUGCCACUUCUAAUCCCAGGAAACAUAUUUUGUCGCUUGGCGGACUCAAGUGUGUUUUUUUUCUUCUGUAGGUACACAGCAGUAGUGAUGCCCGUGUUGUACAACACCACCCAUCGCUCCAGGAAGAGAGUUUUUAUGAUGAUUGCCACUGUGUGGGUCCUGGCCUUCGCAGUCUCCUGUCCCCUGUUGUUUGGUUUCAACACCACAGGUCAGGUCAACAACACUCAGACUUCAUCUUCCUGUCUGGAUGCAUGCUCAGUUGCAAACAUGAGUCUAGACUAUGUGAUGCAGAAUAAAAGCCAAGGCACUAAGGCAGUAUGUCAUGAAAUUCAGAGACAAAUUCAAGUCUUGUAGCUGUGUUAGGGUCAGCAGUGGGACAUGAAAUGCAACACAAGAUGGGAUUUUUCGGUUCACUACCUCAAUCUAGCAUGUCAUUUAACUUGUCAAGGGAAAUCCUGUCCUACUCUGCCUUUGAAAAUGUGGCACAAUGUCUUCUCUGACCCUGUCCUGAACUCUAGUAUGCAGGGAAAGUGGUCACUGAUAAAUAAAAAAUUAGGAAUUUAUCUCUUUGUAACAGAGUGCAAUGAAUUAAAGCAGUGGUUCUCAAGUCCAGUCCUCGAGCCCCCCCAUCCUGCAUGUUUUGGAUUUUUCCCUGCUCCAACACACCUGAUUCAAAUGAUCAGCUCGUUAUCAAGCCAUUCCAGAGCUUGAUAACGAGCUGAUCAUUUGAAUCAGGUGUGGGCUCGAGGACUUGACUAGAGAACCAUUGCAUUAAAGAGUGUAACUUUAAGCAGUGUAAUGUAAAGCAGUGCAACAUAAUGCUAUGUAACCAUAGACUGUAUAUACUAUGGACAACUUAGUUUCACCUCCCGCCUGUAUACGGAUUUGAGGCCAAAAAGCUCUUUGUAAUUCCAGGAUUUUUCUUUAUUUCCUAAAACCAGCGCUGUGCAGUAUUGUUGUGCGCAUUUGGCGGGAGUGUCGCCGAGAGUCCCUGUGAUGACGCUCAGCUCAAACAGCGUAUCCCCCGGGUGUGCUACGCAAUCCCUACGUCCAUAGGCUGUAUCCGGUGUCAAUCAUAGAAAACAUGAACCCCUUAAUAACUUUUAAAAACGGAACUUCACAGAAAAAGAGGACUUGAGCACAAACCAGUCUUACAAUAACUACAUGUCAACAUCACAACAAUUUAUGUUCUGUGUAAUAAAUUUCUAAAGUUGGUCACAGCCCCAUAAGCUUUGCUGGCGGAAGCGGGAUUUAUGACCUAUACUGCAGCCCAUCAACAGAGGGUGCUGUUCUCGGAGUGGCUUCACCCAGCGAGGAGGCAGACCAUAGACUGUAUAUAGAAUUGACAGUGUCUGCCUCCUCGCUGGGUGAAGCCACUUCAAGAACAGCACCCUCUGUUGAUGGGCUGCAGUAUAGGUCAUAAAUCCCACCUCCGCCAGCAGAGUUUAUAGAGCUGUGGACAAACUUUAGAAAUUUAUUACACAGAACAUAAAUUUUUCUCCUCCCUGCUUGCAAUGUUGACAUGUAGUUAUUGUAAGACUGGUUUGUGCUCAAGUCCUCUUUUUUUCUGUACAGCUCCGUUUUUAAAAGUUAUUAGGGGGUUCAUGUUUUCUAUGAUUGACACCUGAUACAGCCUAUGGGCGUUCAGGGAUUGCGUCGCUCACCUGGGGGUUACGCUGUUUGAGCCAAGCGUCAUCACGGCAACUUUCCUGAUGAAUGCGCACAACGCUACUGCGCAGCGUUGGUUUCAGGAAAUGAAGAAAAAUCUCGUAAAUACUGAGAGCUUUUUGGCCUCAAAUCCGUAUACAGGCGGGAGGCGGAACCAAGUUGUCCAUAGUAGAUACAGUCUAUGAGGCAGAUGCUGUCCAUUCUAUAUACAGUCCAUGUAUGUAACGCAGCCCAAAGCCACUCAGCAUAAUGCUAUGCAUUGUCGUUUUUCUAAACUUUACCAAGUCUAUUUUACUUGUGACGAUGUCUCAAUAGUUAAAACACAUUAAAAGGGCUUUUGUUUGUUUUGUUAGAAAGUCUUUCUUUUUGUCUCUUCUGCACUGAAAUUGUGGUUUUCCUAUGCAGCAAAAGGGUAAUCCUGUCUUUGCAGAUAUUGAAAAUUUGAAGCAAGUUAGCCGCUGUUGCUAUUGUAACGUCAAAUCAAGAGAAACUAUGUUUUUGAAACAGCGUUAGAAAAGUUCUUCAAAUAAGUUAAAUACUUAAACAUCUCAAAACCUUUGAUGUGGAAACACUUGAGGAAUCCAGACUAUUGUUAAAUUUAAUAAAGAUUGCAAAAAUUAUGGUGAAGAACGAAACCUAACCAAGCCUUUCUGAUGAUUUGAUUACAUCUGGUCUAUAUUACAAUAUAUUAGCUUUGCUGAUCACAUAUUCGACAUUUGACCAUAUUGAUGUUGGAGGAAGAAGGAUCGACCACCAAACCAUAAGAUGGACAGAGAAACACUAGGCUUGACGAGUUGUUAUUUGAUUUCUAUAGGCAUCAGCGUAAAGAUGCAUGGCUGCACAUACACAAUGAAGAGCAUUAGUGGAGCACAAUCUAAAACUACCGCCAGAGAUACAGGCAUUUGGUUCAAUGUGUUCACACUGGUGUGUAACAAUGAAUGGUGAUUGCAGGGGUCUCACUGUUUCUUCAAAUAGCUAUUAGCGCAGGUAGUACAGACAUACAGGUUCAUGUCAGGUCCAGAAGAGACGCUUUAUCAUCCUUCAGAAAAACAGAAUUGGAAAAGGGAACCUUGACAAGACAAAUUAUGAAUAUGGGAGGGACAAAAUGGCGUAAUGAUGUGUAGGCAGACUCUGGAGUUGAUUCAGAGCAUGGCUAGAAAUAGAUUGCACCUGUCUGUCCCUGUUUCAUCUCUCUGUGUAUUGAAGUAUGUAGUAUUGAUCCGCAGUAACAUCUAGGGAGAAGCAAAUCACCUGUUUGUUCAUGCCACUGACAUGCAAUAUGCACAUCACAUCUGUGGUCAAGGCCUGUGUCUUUUUUUUCCAAACUUCAAUUUACAGGGAUAAGAGCUCACCUGAUAGACAUUUAACUCUGAAAUUGGGAUUGAAUAAUUGAUCUUUACACCAUUAUUAUCGUGCCGAAUUCCCCAUCUUGGAUUUAUGGCUCAAUUAUGACUGAAUCAAUUAACCCUCUAACUCACAGUCCUGCUGCCUGUGUGUGUGAGUGUGAGUGUGUGAACAGCAGAGCAGUAUGAUGUUGAUAUGCAGAUUAUAUAACAAGGACAAACCAGUAAAGGUCAUUUUCAAACUAGUGAGCGUGCAGCAGGGUCGGAGGUUGAUGGUAAAUUACUCUCACUGUCCCUGUUAUUAACUCUUGAAUUUCAGCUGCUUUUACAUAAUGAUGCUUUUAUAUUUUGACGUAGAUGACCCCAUGGUGUGCUCCAUCUCCAACCCCGACUUUGUGAUCUACUCCUCUGUGGUGUCCUUUUACCUGCCGUUUAUUGUCACCUUACUUGUCUACAUCCGCAUUUACGUCUUCCUGAGGAUGAGGCGGAAGAGGAUCACCUUCAGCCAGGUCAGCAGGAAGGUGCAGCCGGGCUCAACUCCACCGUCCGUGGUGAGACAAGCAUCUAAUUCAUAUUUUUUUCUCUAUUUUCUCCUUUUAUAUGUGCAUCAUGUUUUACUGUGUGAGGGCAUUAUUUAUUCAUGAGGGGUUUAUGUGUCUCAAACGCUUCAUAAAUUCAGAGUAAGCUGUCUUUUUGUGGAGUAGGACUGGCCUGACUAUUGUUUUGUCCUGAUGGAAUCUAAUAUAAACCUGCAGGGCAUUUUAACAUAAACUCAUAAAUAACUACCAAAAACCUUUGAUUUCAUAAAUAUACUGAAUUCAAGAUGACUUACGCAAAAGUGGUGCCUAAUACUGAGGAAACUAAACCCUUAAAAUAUAAAUCAUGAAGUAGGAAAGUCAGAGUUUGAAGCUCUAUUUUUUUUGUUGGCUGAUCUGGUUUUUUAUCAACAUAAACAUUCAAAUGAGCUUUAUAUUAACAUUUCAAUUCUAAUGUAGAUCUAGUCUCUUGCUCUCAUCACACCAAGCCCAUAAUAAUGACUUGCAAAUUACAAUUCACCUUUGUAUCACACCUUUAUUAUUAGCUCUCACCUACUUGGGCUGCAAAGCGUCCAUGAAAUCCUCUUCACUAGCGCUGUUAGCGGAUAAAAAUAUCUGGCUGCUGUCAGAAACAAUGGGUGGUUUUCUCAUAUGCAUGAAUAAGAGUAACAACAAGAUGUCGGAGGAACUCAGUAUGACAGUUUUUCUAAAACAGGCGAGGUGAGCUUUGUGCUGCUCUAUAAAUGAAGGCUGAGUAGAACUGUUCUGUCAGGUAAUCACAGGUAAAGAUGUUAAGUAAAUGUAUAGGUUUGUUUAUAAGGAGCUGGCACGUCUGUCACUGUAAAACUGCAGAUUUCUAAUUAAAACAGACCGUCAAGUUAAAAAUAGUCCAUGUAGCUUGGAAGAAUGUGUCCAGUUCUGUAUUUUUGAAGGAAAAUCAACAGAUCAGCCAAAGGGAAGAAAUCAUUCAAAGUUAAACUGAUAGACAUAAAUAUCAAAGGAGCCAAAUAUAACAAUUUGUGUUAUUACAUCUUUAUUUUGAGUAUAGAAAAGGAGAAAAAGCAGGAAAACAGGAAAACAGGAAGAGAGAGUGGAGAAGGACGUGCAGCACAGAGCCAGAUGUUAGAAAUAAAGCAGGCAGACUAAUUCAGGGAUUAGAAAGCCUUCAACUUCUACACCAAAACACAGCAGAUUAGAUAACUUAUUUAUGGCUCAAAAACAGAUAUGUGUUUCACAUGUUAAAAAAAGACAGAUAGAAGAGGAAAAAAAGGCAAAGGAAAUAUUUGCUUUAUUGAAACUCACUCUCAUGUAAACCUCAAUGCAUUGUAUCGCUUAUUCGUGCAAGUACAAGCUUUCUGUGUUGUCCACAAUGAAAAUGAUCAGUAAAUAGUAAGGAUGGAUGAUGAUUAAGGACUUUAUCGUUUGGGUUUGCAUGGCAGACUAAUUUAGACUACAACCAGUGUCGUGCCCCCUCUUUUUGAAUAACUUCUUUUAUUCGUGACCAUGAUGAUGUUGUCUCAAAAAUAGAAAAGUUAUAACAGUGCAAAUCUCUGUGUUGUUUUCUAACCAGCUGUCAGCUCUUAGAUCACGCCCAUCACUCGAAUACUUGCCCCAGUUACAUCUAUCACAGAAAUGAAGUCUCUAUCUGUAACCAGAGGCAAGGACAGCAGGUCAGCUUCUGUGCAUUAGGCCUAUUUUUAAAACGCAGAGUAUAAAAAAAAACAUCAUUAGAUAAUUCGAUAAAAAUCUUGAUCAGCUUUGAAAAAUUCAUGGAGCACUUUUUUCUAAAGUAGUUCGAUUUCUAUCACUCAGUUUUUUUCCCUUCACUUCACACGAAUAUGCAGACAAACGUCUUUUUAAGCAGCAGGUUACAGAUAAUUGGUUUUGGUUGAGUCCCAGUUCGUGAUCUCAUUCGUAGUGAGGUCCAAGCCCUGGAGCAGUUCAAGCUAAUGGAAAAAGUGUUUGUAAUAGAAAGGCCACUAUCUUUAUUUUAAAACCUCAAUUUAGAUCUGUAGUGUGUAGAUGAGCAGUGGGCCUUACAUGAAAUAAAGAGAUGCUGAUACCAUUGAUUUUUCUUGUCCACUGUGGACAUCCAACCAGGUUUGCUUUAUUAAAUAAAUAUGAAUGGCUCAUUGACUUUUAUAUUGAGUUCCCAAGUGUAUGGCGGGAACAGUCUGUACCGGGAGUUGAUGGUGAUGGAAUGUUGGAGUAAGAAAGGGAGAGCAUUUGUCUGAAAAAUGAUUUCAUCUUGAGCUCCCUCUGCUCCCAUAGGAGACCUGUCUACAGGAGGACACCCCCAAGGCAAAGCAAGACCUGUCACCUAUCAGGAUUAAAGUGGUGGGUUUUAUUUCAAAACCAGACAUCCAACACGACCAGCAGAUUUCUUGAAUCGAUUAUUUACUGCUCUAUUGUUGCUGAAGACAUUGCCACACUCAAUACUCUGUAAGUAUUGAGCGUGGAGGCGUAUUUUGACGCUGUGGUAUGCAACAGUUCUGUUUUUAGCUUUUUGUUGGAGUCUGUCUGUGUGCAUGUUCAAGUAUCAUGCAUGCUUCUGUUUUUUUUUUUUUUGUUUUGUUUUUCAAUUUUUUGUGUAGGCCAGGUCUAUGAAGAAACAAGGAAUUGUGAUUCUCAAUGGCAGCUUGUGCCAGUAGUCAACAGCACAGUCUGUAUUUGAUGCAGUGCAGCACCUGCAUAAACUACAGACUGUUCAAAGACAGAAUAAUGAUUCCUCCUUAGAAAAAAACCUGUUUGUGAAAUGAGGAGGAGGUAUGAAACUAUGAUUUAUGAGCUGGAUAAUCUUUUAGAUAAUGUACUAUUUGAUGUUGCAAGAGAUCGGUAAAAAAGUCUAAAUUAGAUGAAGAGCAAUACUCUGCAUGUAAAGCAAAAAUACAGAUAGCCAACUGAUGUCAUAUUAAUGUCUGCAGGCUUUUGUUUUCAAAACUUAAACCUCCUAGAAGCUUUUAAGUGGAAGUUCAGGAGAGCUUUUCUGCUUUUUCAGCCAGUCUAAAGUAUAUAUUUAAAGGGAUAUUCUGGCAUAAAAUUAAUUUCAGGUCAAACACACCGUAACACCCCUCGAGACAUGAAUGUUGCCGACCGCUUGCUUCUCUAGUUAUACCAACUUGAGUAUCGACCGCAGGAUAGCAAUACACAGCGGUCUGAGGAGCCAUAAACAAACCUCAACCAAAAAGCCACUCUAUAGCCACAAAUAAUGCUCAGAACAGCACCUAACUUCAUCAACAGUACAUAUAGGGUCCCAGCCAUAGUACUAGCCACCAAACAUCUUUUUAACUUCACUUAAUCUCUUCCAGCAGCUGCUCAUUUGUAGCGAGACCUCGGGCCAGUCCAUUACGGACUGCUGUGGGGUGAUGCAGCUUAAGGAAGAACAUUUAUGAUCAUUUCUUCAUGGAAAUGCAAUCAGACCGAGACACUAAGGCAGAAGAACUACCGCGUCUGCAGUGCAAAAUGAUUAAUAUGGUGAUUAUAACUUCAAGGAAAUGACAAAGAAAUGAUCAUAAAUGUUCUUCCUUGAGUUGCGCAGUAAUCUGUAAUGGACUGGCCCUAGGUCUCACUACAGACAAGCGGCUGAUGGAAGAGAGUAGGUGAGUUGUGUUUAGUCUCUUUGCUAAAGAAAUUAGGCAAAGUUAAAAAGAUGUUUAAUGGCUAGUACUAUGGCUGGGACCUUAUAUGUUCUGUUGAUGAAGUUAGGUGCUGUUCUGAGCAUUAUCUGUGGCUAUAGAGUGGUUUUUUUGUUGAAGUUUGUUCAUGGCUCCUCAGACUGCUGUAUAUUGCUAUCCUGCGGUUGUUACUAAAGUUGGUAUAACUAGAGAAGCAAGCGGUCGGCAACAUUCAUCUCUAGAGGGGGUGUCUAACUCAGUGUUACGGUGUGUUUGACCCUAAAUUAAUUUUACACCGGAAUAUCCCUUUAAAUCUUGAAGUGUUCUCAUUGCGUGUCUGUUUUCUGACAGCAGAGUGUGGAACCCUCAGGACCCUCAAAGCCUAAUUUCCUGUCAGGAUGCCUGUGGCGGAAACGUCCAAAGACAGGACCUGUUGAGGGUUCAAUGCUACCCCCAGUGGACACCCAGAACUGCUGCAGCAUCAGCCAUGCCUCCUGCGGUCGCACUGAGCUGGAGCUGGAGCAUGACCAUCAGCAAGGCGGGGAGCUGGAGGAGAACACCCAGAAUGAGCAGCCUCCUGUCAGGAUGAGCUGUGAGGUGAAGGAUCUGUCCAAUGGACGAACACACACAUCGCUGCACGCCAUCCCUCAUUCUCACGCCAGCAACCAACGCUUCAGGAGCAUGCACGCGCGGGAGAAGAAGGCCACGCAGAUGCUUGCCAUCGUUCUCGGUGAGAGGAGAGUCUUAAGUUGAUAAGCUGGGGAAAUGAAAAUGUAAAUGUCACGAGUACACUGAGAGCAGACAGUAUGAAAGAUGAGAUACUGGCAAAGUUAUUCAUUCUGCUUUGACAACUUAGGAUUUUACUCAUGGACUUUCUCACCAUAUGCACCUGGUCACCUGCUCUGCCAAUCAAAUGAAAAUAGCACAUUAUACCCCUCUGUGUGAAUUUGCUGCUUAUUUUACAGAGCUGCAAUAAAUCAACCUGACAUGUGAGGAGAAAUGAGUGGUUGGCUCAGGUUUUACAGUGCGUGUCCAGACACACGCUCUAACUCCUGACGCAGCUUCCACACACUCCAAUUAUCAGCCAGGGUGCUGUAAGCCCAGUCCAGUUAGCCCUGGCACCACAAAGAUCUCACUGGCAAAAGUGUAAUCAGAGGUGUCUGAUUACAUUACUCUGGUGUCAGUGAGAAGUCUGCUGCACACACAGGAAAUAACCUUGGUCCUCCACACUUUCCAACUGCUUGUUAGCCGGCUGACCACUGCGUAGUCUUGUGACCCCAAUUAAAGUGUCAAGAAUAUUUCAACGUUGCUGCAACAUUUUGAGCUUCAUACUUGAUAAAAUGCGUCUUAUUAGCUGCUGCUGGCCAAAACAAUGUUUUAAUUGACCUUUUGACAAAGUUAGUUCUUGUUUCUGGCAGGCCUUUUCUCCACCACAGCUUACAAUGACUACAAAUUUGCCAUUCUGAAUUCUGAACCAUGUUUUGAAGCAGUAAGUCUUUGAUUUUCACUACAAACAAUAUUUGAAACAAAUCAGGCAAACUGUGGAGUUUCUGAAUAAAUACUGCAAGAAUGAAUAUUCAGUUGAUGGUUUCUUAAUUCUCUGAUUCGCUGCAGCUUACAAAUAGUCACAUUAAGUUCGCUUUUUUUUUUUACUUUUAUGAGAGAUUGAAAUUCAAAUUGACAUGUUUUCAUAAUUUACAAAAGCAAACAAGACUAUCAGACAAAACUGAUGAUAAAACUAUUAAAAAUGUUGAUACCUGAAACGUGUGAGUAGGUAGGUGUCAGUCAAGCAGCUGAAGUAACAGUCUGAUUUGACAUUUUCCACAUAAAAUAUUCACAAGAAAUGAUCAAUUUGACCAUCAAAAAGUCAGACGAAUGAGAUUCAAUCAUCCAAAAACACAAUUUAAGCACUAAUAGGUAAAGACAGUGGUUCUCAAGUCCAGUCCUUUGGAUUGUCCUGCAUGUUUUGGAUGUUUCCCUGCUCCAACACACCUGUUUCAAAUGAUCAGCUCGUUAUUAAGCCAUUCCAGAGCUUGAUAACGAGCUGAUCAUUUGAAUCAGGUGUGUUGGAGCAGGGAAACAUCCAAAACAUGCAGGACAGGGGGGGCUCGAGGACUGGACUUGAGAACCACUGGGUUAAGAUAAGCUAAGACUGCUGUGUCCACAGGGGGCGCCAAAAUUGACACAAACUGAAAUUUCACCACAGGGGCUUAAAAGUUGACUAAAUUAUGAAAGUCAUAUAAUCGCCUUGCCAUUGCCAGACACAUCAGCUAGUUUGUAUUCAUGUUAGCUGUAAGGUGGGUUCAUCAUUUGUUGUCUGUUGUCAGACAGACCAGAGCCCCAUAGUCCUUUAUCUAGAAAUAGAGAGGGUUUUGCUGACGACACAGGAGGUAUCUGAUAAGCGUCUGUUCAGUGGACGUGUCUACCUCAGAGUUUUUCAGACCUCCUCUUGUAACCUCAUGCGUGGCAGAUAAUUGAUAAUGAUUCAUCUAAUAAUCACCCAUGUUUUAUUAUUAAUAUUCAUAAUCAGCCUGCGUGGUCUUUCCGUUGAUUUUAAAAAUAGCUUAUCGUGAACAUGGUAACGUUUGUAGUUCACUCUACAGCAGACAAGCACACAAUGACCCAUUUCCUACAGCUUAACUCUUGUGUUUCUUCCUUCUCUCUCUUCUCCUCUGCUCUCUUGCUGCUUCUUUAGGAGUCUUUCUCAUCUGCUGGCUGCCGUUCUUUGUGACUCAUAUUCUCAACACCCACUGCAGGACAUGUUACAUCCCUCCUGAACUUUACAGUGCAUUUACCUGGCUGGGGUACGUCAACAGCGCCCUCAACCCUGUUAUUUACACCACCUUCAACAUCGAGUUCAGACGCGCCUUCAUCAAAAUCCUCAGCUGCUGAUGGAGACAGAGCUCCAGGAAAUUAAAAUGGAAAUGAGGCUGUGCAUUUAAGCCGCAACUCUCUUAUCGAGCAAUUUGUAAACUGUGAUCAAAGCUGAGCACAGGUCUUGGUCAAGGGAAUUAAUCCUUCUUCACUUCUUACAAGAGCAGCAAGACAGAUUAUGCAAUAAACACAAACUUGUUUGGAUUUUUACUCCAGAACUGACUCAAACUUUUGCUUCCUGACCAGACUGGGGUUCUGUUCAUUCAGUCUUACUGAGAGCACAAGAUGUUGGACAGACUUGUACAGUAUUUUCAGCAGCUCAUCAUCACAGUUCUUCAAUUGAUGUGUGUUGAGAGGCUCUUUGAGGCAACAAUGGAGCAGUGGGCCACUCCAUCCUCAGACCAGCUGCCAUCGCACUGUGUGGAUGUUCCUCACCUCCCUCGAUCAUCCCUCCUUCAUCAUCAUUAUCACCAUCAAUUACUCACCAGUGCAUGCACAAAUCAAGUUUUCAAGGGUGCCCUCUUGAAUAUGAGGAAUUGGACUGAUCAUGGCCAAGACUCUCCUUUUUGAUGAUCAAAUAUAUUGAAGAGGAGAAACUUCUCUCAGUGUGGAUUCAUUUCAAUUGAAAGUGUGACAUUUUCAAUGUAAUGCGCAGCGUCAUCUUUGAGUGUUUUUAAAGGAGACUGUCUAAUUAUUGGAAAACUCCCCCGCUUCCUUUGAUUCAGAGCUUGCUGCUGGCAGGUCUGAUGAGCGUCUGAAAGAGGGAGUGGUGUAGUCCCAACAAAUUAAGCAGGAUUGUAAACCAUGCAGUCAGCAGGUUUGUAAAGAACAGUGUUGUAAAUACAUAAAUAAAACAAAUGAAAUGUUUUCCAAGUUUGGGAUCA